GUUCUCGCCCCUCGGCGAGGCCCGUCCCCCACCAACCCCGUUCUCGCCCCUCGGCAGGGCCUCUCCGCACCACAGAGACGUGGGACGGCCGCGCGGACUAGAUAAGCGGCCCUCGCAGGCCCGCCAAAGCCCCGCCCCGCCCGCGUGCUCGCUCCACCCCUCCCCGCGCGCCCAGAGCCCCAGGCGCCGCUUCCUCUCGCGCUCGGGGCGUCGGCCCUCCACUCGGGGGCGGGGCGGGAAGCGGCGGUGGGCGGAGCCUCCUGGGCCUCGCGAGGGCUAGUGGGCGGUGCCCGGCGGGCGCUUCCGGUUUCCGGCCGCGGGAUGAGGGGCGGGGCCGGGGCUACUGUGGGAGAGUUGGGCUGCUGCGGCGGGGCCUGCACGCUGACUGUGGGAAACUCGGAAACAAGCUCACAUCUUCCUGUGGGGAAACCUUCUAGCAGCAGGAUGAGUCUGCAGUGGACUGCAGUUGCCACCUUCCUCUAUGCGGAGGUGUUUGUUGUGUUGCUUCUCUGCAUUCCCUUCAUUUCUCCUAAAAGAUGGCAGAAGAUUUUCAAGUCCCGGCUGGUGGAGUUGGUAGUGUCCUAUGGCAACACCUUCUUUGUGGUUCUCAUUGUCAUCCUUGUGCUGUUGGUCAUCGAUGCCGUGCGCGAAAUUCGGAAGUAUGAUGAUGUGACCGAAAAGGUGAACCUCCAGAACAAUCCUGGGGCCAUGGAACACUUCCACAUGAAGCUUUUCCGUGCCCAGAGGAAUCUCUACAUUGCUGGCUUUUCCUUGCUGCUGUCCUUGUGAGUGGGGUUUGAGGGGGCAGGUGCUGUGAAAGGAGCCAUGGGCUAGCCAGGGACACGGAGCUCAGUGGGCUCAGUCUCCCCCUGUGACUUUGAUUCCUCCUCAGCCUGUGGCCUG